AUGGGUAGUAGGCCAUUUGUCGAGGUGCCUCCUGGGCAGGAGACAAUCAGUGUGAAGAUGAUCAACGCUGUCAAUUUUGGACCAGCUAUAAUCAAACGAUUCAUGGAACCCCCUGUACCAGGGGUAGAGAAGAAGAAGCCUUCCCCCGUUCUGACCUUCCUUCUGGAGCAUUCUUCCGGAAAGAAGAUUGUAUUUGACCUGGGCAUUCGCAAGGAUUACCAAAAUUAUGCACCUGUUGUUGCUGAUUACAUCCCCACAACCAAUUAUGAUAUCCAAGUGACCAAGAACGUGGUCGACAUCUUGGAUGAGAGCGGUAUCCCGGGGACAGAUAUUGACGCUGUCAUCUGGAGUCACUGGCACUGGGAUCAUAUAGGAGAUCCGUCAAGCUUUCCCUCAUCAACGGACUUGAUCGUGGGAUCCGGAUUCUCAGAUGCUAUGCUCCCUGGCUACCCUGCGAACCCGAAGUCUCCUAUUCGUGAAAGCGACUACGCAGGUCGCAAUUUGCAGGAGAUACGAUUCGACGGUCCGAAUGCUCUUCGAAUUGGCAAGUUUCCAGCAGUAGAUUACUUUGGUGAUGGGUCGUUCUACCUCCUCGACAGCCCUGGCCAUGCAAUUGGGCAUUUAUGCGGCCUCGCGCGAACGACCAUCGAUCCGCCAACAUUCAUACUAAUGGGCGGAGACAUAUGUCACUAUGCUGGCAUCUUUCGACCGUCACGAUACAUGCCUGUUCCACCUUCAAUCUCACCACACCCGUGCUGCCCGGAAACUGACAUUUCGUUCUGUCCAGGGGGUGUGUUUGACGGGCUACAGCAGUCUAGAGGGCGGGAGUGUACUGAUUCUCUCUAUGAGAUGUGUUUCGGACACGAUGUGCCGCGUGCGAGGGAGACUCGAGAUCAGUUGCAAGAGCUGGACUGCAGCGAGGAUAUUUUCGUCAUCAUCGCGCAUGACGCUACCGUUCGAGACGCUGUGGAUCACUUUCCUCUUAGUCUGAAUGACUGGAAGAAGAAGGGUUGGGGAAAGGAAGUAAAGUGGACUUUCUUUAGGGAUCUAGAGCCGUAUUGGAGGGCCGAAGGGCUUCUUACCGAGCUAGACGAGAAGGAAUCAUCUAAUAAUCUAUAG